AAUAACUAUCGAUGUAAUCGCUGGAAAAUUCUGUACCUUUUAUACAACGUUUCCACGACGAAAAUCUUAGUUCCCUAAUUUUCAAAAUUUCAUUUCAUUCAUUUAUCACGAUUCGUUGAAUAUCUUUUGAAUAUCUUUUCUUGUAUUAGUUAAUUAAUAUCCUCUUUCGGUAUACACGGUAAUAACAUAAGAUGUAGAAGCAUAAUAGGGAAUGUUAAUAGGAAUAAACAGAAAUAUAGAAAAAAUAGAAGUUCGAAAGAGUUCAAUAAGUAUCAUGGAAACGAUACUUCUAUUAGACACAGAGAAAUGGAAGGUAAUAUCAGUGUAUAAAAGAGGUGUAGCAACAAAAUUAUUGGAAAUAUUAGAAGAAAUAGGGUAGCAAAAAGAUACCGAAGAAAAUCUGUUAUUCAGAGGCGACUUUAACGCUAAAAAGAGAGCCCAAUGGGAAGUGCUAUGGAACGGUGAGAAGGAGGAUAGACCAAGGAACUCCAAAGAUAAACACGCGAACGGCCAAGGAGAACAGCUCAUAAGAUUAAUAGACAAGAUGGGUUAAAGCAUCCUCGGUGGUAAUAUAGAGGGUAAUAUUGACCGAGAUCACACCUCUGCCGUGAUAAUGGAUACCUCGGCAAUAGAUUAUGGAAUACCGAAUGAGGCAACGUGGGAAAAGAUAACGUGCAGAAGAGUAGCGUGCAGAAUAGAAUCGUUUUCAUUUAGAAAUAAUUGCGAAGACGUUCAUAGAGAAGAAAAGGGUGGAAGAACAUUUGUCGGUAAACGGAAUCAAGAAAUGCAAGGAAAGAUCAGAAAUAUUAAGAUUCGAGGAAAGUGAGUUUUACAAGAUGAAAUAGCCGAACAAGAAGCAUAUCGAUAUUUAAAUAUCGUUGGACAAACAGCGUAUAAAAUAGUUGUAGGUUAAUUUCGAAUACCUAUAAAACUCAAUAUAUCUCCUCUAUAGAAAAUUGUCUUUCCAACAACUUUUCAAAAUAUUAUAAAGCGAUAGAGCUCGUUAAAUAACGCUGACCAAGAAUCAAAUCCACCAUACGAAUUUCAUGUAAAGAGGAAUGAGCAGAUAGCACAGAGUGUGCAAGAAACAAAUUGCAUUUUCAGAUUUAUCCUCAACGAAAGAAGUGCUGCAAACAAAUGCGCAUCACGAAACUAGAAUGAUAUUUCUGCGGACUCACAUCCAUUCCCACCCUUCAAAACAAUCCCAUUUCCGUUGGAAGAAAAAACAAUGAGAUAGAGAAAACUUAAUCUUGCACAUAAAACUCGACCGCUUGCUCACAUAUGUACAUAUAUAGAAGGAAAAAUUCCCUCACCUCAGUGAGCAGCGGCAAGAAAGCUGCUUUGCAUCGAGUAGAAAUCCAAUUUCGAAGCGGAAAAAACGCCCGGAAUCCGAUUCUGCGAAUAACAGAUCGAUAACGCGACGCCGGAACAAGUAGCAUCUCUCUUUCACUAUUACGUAUCCCACUGAUGGAGGACGAAAGAACCAGUUUUAAUCUGGAAGGGACGGAUCAAGUGUGAUCGACAAAUGUCCGAUGGUGAAAACGUUCACACCAGGUUGGAUUAGCGAGAUUAGUUAAAUUCGGGGUAACAUGUGUCCCUCCUAUCGAGUCCCUGAUCACGAAUGGUAGAUGUAGAAAUCCAAGUUUGAAAGCAUAUGUAACAAGAGUAAAAGUCAAGCAACCAGAGCAACCAUACAAAAAAAUUUGGACAUAGUAUGUAGUAAAAGAUUGAGUUUUUUCAUUCACUAGACAAAUUAUGAGUACUGGGGAAACUUUGAGUUAUCGUUUUCAUAAUUUAAUAAAAAAGGUCGAAUAUAGUUAAAGGUUAAGAUUCUUUUUAUUAAAUAAAUAAAAUGGCAUUAAGAGUACUGGAAAACCUUUUAGUAAUCAUUUUUAUAAUUUUAUAAAAAAAAGGUCGGUUGUAAUUAAAUGUUAAGAUCUUUUUUAUUAAAUAAAAAAAUUGAAAUGAAGAGUAUUGAAAAACUUUUAGUAACCGUCUUUGUAAUUUAAUAGAAAGGGUCCGGCGUAAUUAAAGAUUAAGAUCUUGUUUAUUAAAUAAACAAAUUAGAAUUACGAAUUUGAGGGAACUUCGAAGACUUCGUCGAAGAUACAAGAUUCGUCGAGACUUUCAAACGUCAUUUCGAAAAGUAUCAAAUUUUUCGCCACGUGUGUUCACAUUCGAAACGUUUUAGAGCGAUACGUAUGUGCAUACUGUUAUUUCCGAUAUCGUGUAAAUCGGAAAUAAUGAAUGUAGAUAUGGAAGUUUGGAGAGAUACGUGCCAGGGGUGAAAACCGUGAAAACGAGAUUGCAACUGAUCCAGAUUGCGCCUAGGGACGACAUCGAAGCUGGGGUAUUUGGACUGAACGCGAAUCACGUGUCGCCAGUCAAUGGCAGAAUUCAUGAAGUGUAUCUGUAAACAGUGGGUGAGGGACUGAGGAGAGCUAUCAGGAAGACGAAGAAAGGUGACAAAGGAAUUGUAAGAUCGGACGAAAUAGUAAGGUAGAAAAAAGGAGAGGAGGGAGGAAAAAGAAAAUUCGGAGCGAUAAGUUUACGUAGGCAGCUGGAAAAGCACGCUCGAAUAGCGGAGUCAGGAAGUUCGGAAAUUCCAACAAGGUUUAAGUUACCCGAGAUUUGGCCAAGCUUGACGGGAAUUUUGAUUUCGGCGAGCAAAGGAGGUGGGUUUCUUUUGACUCGACGGAAGCUGCUGGACAGAAGUUUCUCCUAUGCCGAGGGUAAGGAUGGGAUAGAGGUGGAUAAGGAAGGAUAUCUAGUUAAUCAGUAGGAUUUUAAGUUCGGAUAGUUGCAUGGAAAGAUAGGGAUUCUGAAAGCUUCUAAAACAGUAAUUGUGUAUUCUAGAUUCAACAUAGAAUUUGAUAGCGUUUUAUUGUUUAAUUGCCGUUUCGCGUAAUGGCACUAUUUUUCUUUGGAACUUAUAAGUCUCUCAAGAUGUAAUAUUUCAUUCAAUUAAUGAAAAAUAUAUCGAACCAGAAAAGAAUUUUAGUGAAAGCUUAAACUCAGGAAAAAGUGAAAUCACAUGCCAGAGACGUAAUUAUAGUACGAAGUGCUAAUUGUGAAUUUAUUGGUUGUCAGUUUGCAAUAUUAUAACAUACAGUUUCACCUAAUAAUUCGGUCUAGUGUGACCGAAUAAUUGCGGGUUGAAAUUACAACUGAAAUGUCGGUAAUUAAUUAAUUUAAAUGAGGUAACAAGCGGAAUAAUUCAUGUCAAAUUGAAAUUCAUUAACGAAAUAUCCUUCUUGCCGCAGAAAUGGUUAAUUUACAAAUGUGGAUUCGUUUCAAAAUUCCCAAAGGUAUAGAUCCGAAUUUGCCUUAAGCCACGAGGCAAAAAUCAUAUGAUAAUGUGAGGUCCGCGCGGUCUUCUUUGUCGAUUAAUUCAUCGAACUUCUUGAAUGCGCUUUAAACUUUUGGAAUUUGUCGAUCUCGGUGAUUUGUCCUCAAUUCUCGUUGCACAGCUUUUAACACCAGAAUCACGUCUUAGAAAUUCUUGAAUAAUUGCCAGCUGCUUCAAUUCCGUAUAAGAAAUUAGAAUUUAAAGGAAUGUGCCGAGGAGCCGCGAGUGUCAUAAGUAUGUAAACUUCUAACGAAGAUCUAGCAAUAGCAGGAAAUGCUGUAUGCGUGUGUAUAUGCUCUGCUUCGAAACUUUAAAGAGCAAAAAUAGAAGUAUGAAGAAUCGGAUAAUGAAUAUCGGAGUGCAAUGCCGAAAUUACGAUUCUUAUAAAAAAAAAAGCUAAAACGCACGCGUUUUAUUACAUGAGUUAACUGACAAGAAAGGAUAUUUUUUCGCAGUGUGCUAAUUUUAAAGUUUCAUGAUGGAAUGUAGUCAUAGAAAUUCUAGGGGAAUGGUGAUCGCUUAGAUGAAAGCACAAAAGAAAUAUCUGAUUGACAGAAGCUGUUCGUAAAACACGGAAUCGAGUUAAAGACCUAAGCUUAGGCUCAAGGCAAGCGAGCCAAGUUAGUUUUAUGUUUCUUCCGGAGGUAGUAAAGCGUAGAGAGAUACGAAGAUUGUUGUUUGACAAGUUUGAUUCUAUUGCUAUGAUUCGAAUGCUAUCAUAUGAAACGAAGAAUGUAACUCAGAAUAAAAAAGUUCCUUAUAUUUAGUUUUGAAAUUUCAUAUAUAUAGAUAAUUUUUCCAAUGAAACUUUCUGCACUUUUAAAAAGUGAAUACCUACAGUAAAGUUUUUUAAACUUCAUUCUUUCAAUUUUAAUUAAACGCUUUAAAAGGUCGUAUCCUUUUUACAUCGAAACUCUUCCACCGAAGUUUUUUUCGUCUUUCUUUCAUUUGACUUUAUUGAAAUAUUCUAUGAAAUUAAAAAUCAAUCAAUCGUACAGUCAUAAGCUUCGUUAAAGAAUUUAUCGUCAAGAGAACAUUCAUUAAUGCAGAAUCCCAAAACACCAAUUGCCAACGCCCAGCUCGAUCGUACCAUUUUUCUAUCAGGUUUUAAUUGUACUUCCCAUAGAGAGAAUUCAUUGGGAAUUUAUGAAUACGAUUCCUUGCAGGCAAUAAAGUUCCUGGAGAUUCCGUUACAACGCGUAAAAUAUAAUACAUUUGAUGAAAUACUGAAGAAAAUACCAAUAACUUCUUCAAUUUUCUCUUAUAACACAGAACUUUUUCAAAAGUGUAGAACGUUGUCAAAAUUGACUAAAGGGUGUGCGAUAUUCUUCAAACUUCUCCCAAUAAAAUGUUUCUAAUCAUGUAACUAGUAUGAGUAGAAAACUUUUAAUCCUUGAAGAUAUAUUAACAAGAUAUAUUUGAACUUUUGUUCGUAUAAGUUGAUAUUAUGAAAGGGCAUUGGAAAUAUUAAGUAAAAUGAAUUUUUAUUCAAAUAUUUCACUUCUAAAAAAUACGUAUAAUAUAAUUUAUUGAAGGAUUAAACUGAAUACUUGAAAUUUAUAUUUCCGAAAUAGCCAAAAUUUUAGUUUUUCUACAGUUUUAGUUUUCAUAUCGCAUGUUUAUUAGAAAAUAUAAAAAAUUUUUUUAUAUUGCUUCCUAUAAAGUUCCACUCGUAUUGUUAUAACGGCAUAUUUCCAUUUUUCCGCUGCCUCGGGAAAUUCCAAUUCUUUUUAAAAUAUUGUAUCAAUCACGCUUGUGUUUCAGAAAUGGGAUUGUAAAAUAUGGUAAUAAUAAAAUAUUUUUACAGAAUAUUACAGUAACGCAGAAUAGACGAUUUGGUUUGCCAGGUUGGCACGAAAUCCAGUACGGCUUCCGGAAGGGACGCUCGACGAUUGACGUGGUCAGACGCGUGCGGGCACUCGCGGAGGACAUGGUUUCUCGGGACGGCGUGGCACUGGCGGUCUCUCUGGAUAUCGUCAAUGCGUUCAACUUCAUGCCGUAGGACAGGAUAGUGGCGGCCCUGGAGCACUUCGAGGUUCCCAGCUACCUCGUUCGGCUGAUCCGAGCCUACCUCGACGACAGUGAGAUCUAUUGUACCGGAGAACUACUGAAAACUGUGCAGCUAUCUAAUAUCUACAGCGACAGUAAGACAUUCGUCGAUCUUCAACAGAUAAACGACCCUGAAAUAACUCUCGCCAACUUCUACGAGUUGAUGAAAGAAACAAACAACAAACCGACUAAAAGCCAGCUGACUCAGUAUGUUAAUGAAAAUUUCGUCGCGUCGAACGAGCUAGUAAACUGGACACUGUCAGACUGGACGAAUAAUCCCUCGAUCUUGCAACGCAUCCAAGAACCCAAGUACUACGAGUGGGUGAAAGAUCUGAACGAAAUUUGGAAGAAAUUGGCGAGGAAGGUGAAUCCUGAAGUUGCCAGGCAGCCGGAUAGGCAUAGUCUGAUUUACGUGCCCAAUGGUUUAAUAAUUCCUGGUGGUCGUUUCAAAGAGUUUUACUAUUGGGACAGUUACUGGGUGAUUGAAGGGCUACUGUUAUCCGACAUGUAUCAAACUGCCAGGGGAAUGAUAGACAAUUUCUUAUACAUGGUGCAGAAAUAUGGGUUCAUACCCAACGGUGGUAGAAUUUAUUACCUCAUGAGGAGCCAACCACCCCUAAUACAUCUCAUGGUAUCAAAAUACUUGGACUUUACUGGGGACUACGAUUAUCUGCGCAAAGUUAUACCGACCUUGGAAAGUGAGUUUGCUUUCUGGCAACAGAAAAGGAUGAUCGACGUAAAAAAAAACGGGAGAACGUACAAAAUGGGACACUAUGCCGUCAACAGCACGAGACCUCGACCGGAAAGUUACAGGGAAGACUACGAACAGGCGCAACUACUGCCCGAAAAGUCUCGGGAUUUCUUCUACAACAAUAUAAAAGCAGGCGCCGAAAGUGGCUGGGACUUCUCCAACAGGUGGUGUAUAGCGGACAACAAUAACAGAACGCUCAGUUUACUGAAUAUCUCUACGCAGCACAUUAUACCUGUCGACCUUAAUGCGAUUCUGCAACAAAACGCCCGGCUCCUCGGCGAAUUUCACAGUCUGCUUGGAAACAAUGCGAAAUCCCAGUAUUAUCAUAAAGUAGCGUCGCAACUCCAAAUGGCUAUCGACAAUGUUCUAUGGAACGAAGAAGAAGGAACAUGGCUGGACUACGACAUGAAGAACGCGAAACCUAGGCACGCGUUUUAUCCGUCGAAUCUUGCGCCACUCUACACUCGAAGUUACAAUCGCUUACAACGCGAGCGCUACGCGUUAUCCAUUGUGAAAUAUCUCAAGACACAGAAUAUCGACACUUUCUUGGGAGGUACACCCACAUCAUUAAAUUACACGGGAGAACAAUGGGAUUUUCCGAACGCGUGGCCACCGUUACAAUCAUUUAUUGUAAUGGGUCUCUACUGGACAGGGGUUGAGGAAGCGGUGAACUUCGCCCACGAAUUGGCAUUUAGAUGGCUUGGCUCCAAUUACGCUGGCUACGUAGAAUAUAAGGAAAUGUUUGAGAAGUACGACUCGCUCACGCCGGGGAAAAGUGGCGGCGGAGGGGAGUACGACGUGCAGUCUGGCUUCGGAUGGACUAACGGCGUGGUCUUGGAAUUCCUUAAUACCUUCCCGAACAUCAAGGUGAAGGAGAUUAGCUACAUCAACGACAUAAACACAGAAAUCAGACAAUAGCAGGUUUCAUUGGUGAUGGUACAACGCGUAUUUUCCAACGAAUCUAGUCUACACGGAAAAACAGGGCAGCGCGUUUUAUAAAAACCCACCGUUUGUUCCAUGUGAAUCAACGUGUAUAUUUUUUUAAGAAAAUUUGCCUUCGCCGUUCACGGAUCGUUUCUUUUUUAACUAUCAUUUUCGUUAAUGUUAACGAUAGUUACAAUGACGACAGUUUUAUCUUGGACCAAACCCACAGAAGAAGAUUUUACAUGAAACGUUUGUACAAUACUAGCUGAGAUAUAAUAUUAUUAUACGUGUAACGAAAGAAAACUUAACCGACACUAGUUAAUUUAUUGUUUAGUAUUUUUAAUCGUUGAAAUUUCGUCCAUCAAGAGUGUUUUAUAGAGUUUAAAUAAUUGUUAAUGAUCGAAUAGAAUAAUUUAGAAAUGUCGCUCAUAAGGAAUAUUAGAGUUUGCUAAAUUUAUAUCAGUCAAAUAUUCACAUAAAAUUUGCGAAAAUUAUUUUUCAGUACAAUCUAAGGAUAUCAUGUAUCAAGGUAAUAAGAAUUAUCUCGAUGUCAACGAUAUUGAAUGUCAAUUAUAUUUUUAAUGGACCUUGAUAAAUCGUGUACAUCGUGUAUGCGAAAUGUGGGCACAGAAGGUAUAGCAAUUACGUAUGAAACUCGUCAGUAUUCUAAUUUAGCCCUAGCUUUAACGAUAGUAGUGUGUGUUAGAGAACUAUAAUUGCAUGCAUCUUUGUUCGUUUCUCGUGCAGGAUGACACUGGCGACAGAACUCCGAUACCUUAAGUUUUUCGUAUAUGUAUUCUCACAAAAUGUAUCGCUUUUUAGACAAUCGUGUAUAAGCUAUUGACCUAAUUCAGGAUUGAUAAUCGCCUUAAUCGUCUUUAUCAGGAUUGAUAAAGCCAAAAAAUCAGGGAAGAUCGUUUCAGAGACAAUAAUAUGUAUAUAUAUAUAUUUAAUACAACAUCGAUAAGAAGUUGUUUCCAGUAGAACAGAAACAAUAAGGAAAUUGCAUGUGCAUAAAAAUGUAAAAAAAUAAAAGAUCGAUAAGAAAGAA